UCUUCUUCCAUUAAACUCUGCCAUGGCCGUCUCCUGUAAGUUUCACACUGAUCCACAUACCAAUUUCUCUCUCUGUCUGUCCCUUUCUCUUUAUUAUCGUAUUUUUUUGUUUUAAAAAUUUAAUGCAUGGUUUGGUUCAAGAUUCGUGGACAAAAUCUCUCUCUCUCUCUCUCUGUCAUUUCAUUUCUUUUGCAAAUCCAGCUUGUAUUCUUUCACUGUCUGCAGGGAGUAGAUCGAACUGGUUUUUAGGUCGGUGCAAACUUAAGAGGCUUCAAUAUCUUCAUCUGUAAUUACGUAGAUCAGAUAAAGAUCUUAGCUGGGGUUGUUUUUGAACACCUUCAACACAACCGUGGUCUUCUUCAGGAACAACCACAUGAUUUCAUUGAGGAAUUUGAUGGAAGAGAAACAGCUGGAUUUGAAUCAACCUCUUCUUUCUGUGAGGCGUUUUACAUCCACAGGAACAUCAUCCAAGACUAAUGAAAAAACCAGACCCGAACCUGAAAUUCCUCGUCCUCCUGUAUAUAAAUCAGAAUUGAAAUCUGGUCCAGUGAGGAAUCCUGGAACUGUUCCUUUUGUAUGGGAGCAAACUCCUGGAAAACCCAAGGAUGAAAGCACUGUGAAAACUCAGAUUUCCAAACGGCCUCCACUUGUCCCAAAACUCCCACCUGGAAGAGCCCAAAAAAUGAAUCAAGAAGUUCCUACUUCUAUAAAUGCUUCAUUAGAUGAAAAUGCCAGAGAAACAGUUGAAGAGAUGACCAGUUGUAAGUCAGGAAAUGACGACGACGACGAAGAAGAUGAUGAGGUUUACAGGGAUGCAAACGAUAUAUUUUCUCGAUCCGAAUCGUUCUUCUUGAAUUGUAGUAUUAGUGGAGUGAGUGGAUUGGAUGAUUCUGAAAUUAAACCUUCAGGAGUCUCCUCCAUGGAUCCCCACACUCGGGAUUUCAUGAUGGACAGGUUUCUACCUGCAGCGAAGGCAAUGGCAUCAGAAACACCUCCACAUACUAUUAGAAAACAAACUGUCGAGCGACCGAGGGAAAUAAAAUUGGUGACAAAUGGGGAUAGGCAGAGUCGGCCAAACCUGCACGUUCAGACACAACAUGUAAAAGAAAUAUUCAGGGAAGAAAGUGAUGAUGAAGAUGAUGAUUUUGAUGAGUCCGGAUAUGCUUCCACUCGGGGAUGUGGUUUUCUUCCUCGGUUUUGCUUAAAAGGUUCACUUGUUCUUUUAAAUCCAGUACCUGGAAUGAGAAUGCAGGCCACUUCGGUGCGCCGAGUUCGUAAUAGCUCAACUGGGAGUUCCAAGGAUGCUGUAAAUGAGAGACGAUCAAGUCAUGGUCAAGGAAUAACUCGGCAGAAGCUCGAAGAAAAUGCAAGUAAUAUUCAGGAGAUCGAUACAUUUCCUUUAUACAGACAUUUGCAGGGCGAGGGCAUAUCCAAAUACCCAUAUGAACCUUCCCAGGCUGUUCAUGGAAAUGUAAAUCCUUCUCUUGGUUACACUGUAAAGGCUACCGAUUCUGUGACGAAUGAAUACGACGAACCACGUCGAAGAAGCCUAAAUAGCUUUCAUGCAUUACUGGGUGACGAGUCGGGUUCAGCUAGUCCUGUAGAGAAAACUCUGUACAUAGACUCUGUUCAUAAAAUUACAUCUCCUGACUCAAGUUCAAAUUCUUUGGAUAGGAAGGGGAUAAGUUACAGUGGAGAUAUGAUUGAUGAUGCUUCGAUAAAAAGCACCGAAAUUAAAGAACUGUGUAAACUGGAUUCUGCAACCCAAGAUGUCAAGAAUUUGAAUGAUGUUGGUUUAAAAAAUACUCUGAGACCUGACAGUUUGAAAUCUAUGGAUUCCUGCUUGCUCACUUGCUCGAAUAGAUCAUUGUUUGAGGUAAAAGUAGAUUCAAAUUUCUCCAGGCUCAAACCAGAACAUACUCAGGAUGCUGCGAAGUCGACAAGCUCACAAUUCGCUAACAACAAGAAGUUUAAUUUGGAAAACCAAUUUCCCUUGAAGCCGAGCAGCCGAGGCGAUGCGAAUGGUCUCGCUAAAGAUAACACUACAUUGGUAUCCUCAUAUGAAAUUCACAGUGAGAAGGUUAAUUUAGACAGGAAACAACCUGAGAAGUCUGUUUAUGGAAGGAAUAACGUAAUUGUUCCAGAAUAUGGCAAGAAGCACGAGUCGGAUGGCGAAAAGCCUGCUCCUGUUGAGGACUCCCCUGGUCUGAGAACUUCAGAACGUGCUACCAAUGGAGAGAAGGAUUCAAGAAAUCAACAUCUCAAGAGGGUAGGUAAUGAAGAUGGUUCUCGCGGUGGCUACUCACAGUCACGGCUGCGUUUCGCUCCGCCUCCGCCAAAAUCUCCAUCAGAAUCUUGGUUGAAACGUACUUUGCCAACUUCUUCAAGAAACACAGUUUUUUUGCAGUCUUCUUUUGCAAUGCAGCUUAACCCUGUUUCCACGACCGCGUCUCCGGAUCGAAAGACACCGUCUACUGUUAAAAGCUCCGAUCCAAACCAUCUGCAUCUGCAGUUUUCAAAGGAACUGCUGUCAUCUAUACCUGAAGUUUAGGCCUCCAAAUUCCAUCACUUGGGUAUCAACUGGGUUUGAUAGGUAUCAAGGUUCCAGACUACACCUUCCUUCUCUUGAGUCCUUGUGUUUUUUCCUUCUUUGCAUGCUUUAGAAUCAGUGUAGAAAAUAACUGUAAAUGGGCAUUUUCACUGGUAGGCAAAACGAAUCGGUUGCAUGCUGUAAAUGUUACUCAUUCCUGUAAAGAAACGAUGAUGAUCCAUGAUUUAUAUGGAGAAUAAAGGAGCCAUUUGUUAUUA